AUGCCUUUCAAGCCUCUUUCGCACCUUGCACGUAUCAGCUUCGCGAAAGGAGUUACACAUGCAUAUACACCUGGUGCUGUCGUUGCUGGUCAACAAGGUCUAGGAUCACUACACUCAUAUCCUGUCGCAAAACUAUCAAAGACUGCCCAUGUCCAAAAUGCCUUCUCAACAGCUUCUGGUUCUGGCAAUGGUGCUGGUGCGAAGGCUGGCCAUGCCAGCACUUCCGGCACUAGUGACGGCUCACUAACUCAAUACUUUGCUGCUUUCAACCUUGCCCAGCAAACUGGUGACGAUACCGAACUCAAGAAGCACCAGGGUGCAAGAAAAGUAGGCUGGAAGCAGUCCGACCGACAGGUCACGUCUAAAGCCUCCGCCCGUCUCGACAACCUCAAGCCUACCGAUAUCCUUCGCCAACCAGUUCGACUUCCGGUCGCUCGGUCCCUCAGCGAUAAUGUCGUUCAACAGUCGGACAAAGCAGAGGACCGGCUUGUCGAGGUUGAGGCUUUGGCUAAGAUCGAUGAAGCCAUUGCCUUGGAGAUCAAGGCUGUCAACGAGUCCAAGGCCGCAGAAGCAAUUGUUGAUUCUGACAACAGCCUGGAUAUCUAUGAUGCAGAUAGCGCAGCAUUUUCGGAUUCAUCAAAUGCUGUGCGGUCGCCUACCACAGGGCAGACAAGUCCUGUCUCUGACGAAAGCUCUCUACGGUCGGAAGAGAUUGUAGAGUUAGGUGAGCACUCCCGCUAUGCAGACAUCCCUUACCAAUUCCAGUCCAUGGUCAAAGAUGGACUCGUUCCGAACGUGCACGCAUACAACUACAUCAUUCAGUCUGCUAUCAACCUUGCUAGUGGUUACCAACCAUUUCCGAGAGCUGUUGAAGUUUUCAAUGACAUGACAGCGAAAGGCAUUCAGCCGAAUGAAGACACCUACAGAAUUCUCAUUGCAUUCUUGUCAACGCAGAGCCUUCUGGCAAGCAAGGCUCAGAAAGAGUUGCAGCAGCACCAAAUGCGGUAUGGUUCUGGCCAAGUGUCAUUCACUUUCCCUUCUAUCAAGCACAAGCAAGAGUUGUUCUCGGAAGACGUGUCGAUACUUAUGGCAACCAAGUUCUACAACAUUGCUCGUCGAGAACUGUCGGGUUUUAGGCUGUCAGAUACUCAGUAUGCCAUCUUUCUCGAAGCUUACAGACGGAGUGGAGCAUCUUCCAGCAUGGCUGCUCUGAGUAAAGACAUGCACAGCCAGCAACUCCUCUCCAGUCCGGAAAACUGUGUUGCUGCUAUUGAUGCUUGCGCUCAAGUUAAAGAUCUGGCCUCCGCAAAAGAAAUCUACCAGCAAUAUAGAGAUCUUGCUAUCAACUAUCAAACCAACGUUUUGCUAGACAACAAGGCAUACACUGCUCUUAUUAGAGCUUACUAUGCUUCUGGUGAGGACACCGAGGGCUUGCGAUUCUUUGAGCGUGUAAUCAAAUCCUUCGAUGGUGCGUCCAACAAGGACGCACUCACUCAGGACUUGACCGAUGUAUUUGUUACCGACGGGCUCGUCGAACACUACAUCAAAUCCGGCGAUAUGCACCAAGCGUUGGAAACGCUCAAGGUGUACAGCGUGAGCGAGUCAGCUCGAUCUCGUGCAGUUAGCAAGAUUCUGUCCGCCGCAGCUGACAAUAAUCAAGCAGAGAUUGUUGAUGGUGCUCUUGCUGUAGUCCCUUCUGCCAACCUGGAGGCAGACGCGAUCAUGGCAGUGGCCGCUAUGCAGUUCAGAGUUGGUAAAGUUGUGCAGGCGAAGUCUUUCUGGAAUCAGAACCGUCGUGUCGCUGACGUGAGCUUCGCUACCAUGUACGGAUUGUCCAUCCUCAGCACUGGUGACGUGGAAGGAGCUCUCUCGGACAUCUUAAGCAUGUUCAGAGAGAUUCGACAAUCACUGUCUGAGAAGUCCCGGUCUGAGGUCAACAGCAUCUUGGACGAGUCUGUGCUACAUUUCGGACAGACACUGUCUGGUGGAAGUAUGCUUUACUCUAGCCAAGCUGCAGUUCUGCUCUUCCGAGUCAUGAUCGAGAACGGUGGUCUUGUGCCUUACAUCACCCAAGCUGCUAUUGCAAGAGUUGGCCCGGAGUGUGUGAACCAGCUUUCCGAUCGAGAUAUUGCUCUUGCGCUUCACGUGCAAGCCUAUAUGCUUCCGGCACAAGCUCAUGCAGUCAACGAUGUUGCUCAAGCUGCAAGGUUUUCCCACCUACUGGAGACCGUUCUACAACGCCGAAUUGGUAUGGAUCCAGCCACUGUUCAUGCUGUCGAUAAUGCUUUGCCCAGUUUAGGUGGUGCGAGACCUGACUUGGAACGCAGAUGGAAGGCUUGGCGCAGCCCCGACAGUAUCAUCAGCCAGACUGUAUCUCCCGCUUCGUCUUUUGCUCAAGCAAGAGAGUCACAAAAUCAUGCUAAUCUCUACGAUCCUUAUUCUCAUACAACUGAUCACCGUGCAUCCAAAGUCAUCUCAGAACUUCUCGAAAGCACGACGGGUAGAAUGGAGGCACAUCUCACUGAAGCUAUGUCGAAACUCAAGAACGUACGACGCAUGGGACGACGCUUGCAGUACAGCACAUAUGCCAAAUUGAUCACCACAGCAGGCAAGGUCAAGCAGCAAGAUUUGAUGCGCGAGAUAUUGGCCAUGGCACAGACCGAUGUGCCUUACAAUCCGACUAUCGCUGCAGUUCGGAGUGGCUGGAUUACGAUAUACGAUUCCAUGAUCGCUGCGUGCCUUACCGUUGGUCAGCGACAAGCUGCUUCUAAGUUCCAUGAAGAACUGCUCUCGAUGGGUGCUGCUCCUUCUGCGAACACAUUCGGAAUCUAUAUUACCACUUUAGAAGGUACGUUUGAUGAGGCGUCGGAGGCAGUCAAGAUCUUCCAAAGAGCUGUGUCGGAAGGGGUGACGCCCACAGUAUUCCUGUUCAAUGCUGUGAUUGGCAAGCUCGGCAAGGCUAGACGAAUCGACGACUGUCUCCAGUAUUUUGGGCAAAUGCAAAAUCUUGGUAUCCGUCCUUCGUCAGUCACUUAUGGCACACUCGUCAACGCUUUAUGCCGCACGAGUGAGGAAUCUUUUGCUGUCGAAAUGUUUGAUGAGAUGGAGGCAGCCCCCAAUUAUCGACCUCGUCCAGCACCGUACAACUCAAUCAUCCAGUAUUUUUUGAACACGAAACGAGAUCGUGCGAAGGUCCUACAGUAUUAUGGUCGCAUGCGUUCACGAGACAUCAAACCUACUUCUCAUACAUUCAAGCUCUUGAUCGAAGCCUACGCCACUCUUGAACCCGUCAAUCUUGCCGCAGCUGAAACAGUGCUUGAGGACAUGAAGGUUAGCGGUGUUCAACCUGAAGCAGUUCACUAUGGUGCACUCAUUCAUGCCAAGGGUUGCGUCUUGUCCGACAUGAGUGGUGCACGUGCUACUUUUGACUCGGUGCUGGCAGAUCCCGCUAUCAAGGCAACGGACAAUCUUUACCAAAACUUAUUGGAAGCUAUGGUUGCUAAUUACCAAGUCGCUGACAGUGAGCCUAUACUAACAGACAUGGCGCGACGUGGCGUCUGUAUGACAGCUUACAUUGCCAACACCCUAAUCCAUGGCUGGGCCGCUGCCGGCGAUGUAGAGAAGGCUAAGAGCAUCUACGAUAGUCUGGGGUUUGACAAGCGAGAACCCAGUACAUACGAGGCCAUGACAAGAGCAUUCCUCUCGGUUGAGAACCACACAGCAGCUAAUGCCGUCGUGCAACAGAUGCUAACAAAGGGCUACCCCAGUGCUGUGGCUGACAAGGUCCUUGGUCUAAUCGGGUCAACUUGA